AUGUCGUCAUCACGUACUCGCGCUCCCGAUGUUGAGGAGUCAGAGGAGAUCCAGCAGUCCUAUGACUCAAUAGAGAAGCUCCAGCAAGCUGGAAUCAACAUUGCAGACAUCAAGAAGCUGAAAGAGGCCGGAAUCUGCACAGUUGGCGCAGUCCUGAUGGAAACCAAGAAGCACCUGGCCAACGUCAAGGGCAUAUCCGAUGCCAAAGUCGACAAAUUGAUCGCAGCAGCUCAAAGCCUCGAAUCAGAGAGCUUUACUUUCAUCAGCGGUGCUACAUGCCUCAAGAAUAGAUCCAAAGUAAUACGAAUUACAUCCGGAAGUACCGAAUUGGACAAGCUUCUCGGUGGAGGAGUCGAAUCCAUGUCCAUUACCGAGGUUUUCGGAGAGUUCCGUACCGGCAAGACACAGCUCUGCCAUACCCUAUGCGUUACAGCCCAACUUCCCCUCUCCCAAAGCGGUGGCCAAGGAAAAGUUUGCUUCAUCGACACAGAAGGAACUUUUCGCCCAGAAAGAAUACCAGUCAUUGCUCAGAGAUUCGGCGUAGAUGGUGAUGAGGCCCUCGAAAACAUCCUUUACGCUCGAGCUUUCACUCAUGAGCAGCAAAUGCAGCUGAUUCAGGCCGCAGCCGCCCAAAUGGCCGAAGACCAAUACAGGCUCCUCAUCAUUGACUCAAUUACAGCUCUCUUCAGAGUCGAUUUCAGCGGAAGAGGCGAACUCGCUGAAAGACAACAAACAUUGGGCCAAAUGAUGGCAGCUCUGACCAAACUCGCUUCGGAAUUCAACAUCGCGAUCUUCAUUACCAACCAGGUCAUGGCCUCCCCAGACUCAGCCUUGUUCGUCCAGGCGCCGAAGCCAAUCGGAGGACAUAUCCUCGCACACGCUUCGACAACGAGACUUUACUUGAGGAAAGGAAAAGGGGCGGAAAGAGUCGCGAAGAUCUACGAUUCUCCUUCUUUGCCUGAAGCUGAAGCAUCUUAUGAACUUUCAGAUGCCGGUAUUACAGACUUAACUUCUUAA